AUGGCCUGCGAGGGCUUUACUUACCAACAACAACAGUCGUGGACGGUCGGUCUCGCUGCGUGCAAGUUUUCUACUCGGUCCCUAUGCCUGUGCACCGCCAGGUUCAUCUCAGUCUAUCCGGUCACUGGAUUCGCGACAGGCUCUGUUGACCGGCUUCCCAAGGUUGCACGGAUGUCAAAGGAUACCCAUCUCCAGAAACCUGAAGUUGUCUUCGGAACGAGUAGCACGGCAACGGAAGCUGCACCAGUCAACCCGCAGAAGUAUUCUCUUACUUCCUGCCGGCCGAUUGUUUGGGUCCGUAUCUAG